GUUUGGCCUGCCUUCCCGGCGGCUUCCGUAUUUUUACUACGCAUGCGCGCGACUCUCCCCGGCAGUUAGAAGGUGUUGUUUCCAUGUGAUUGUGUGUUUGUGUGCGGUGUGUUUCGUCUCUAAAGCAAAGGAUUUGAGUGCUUUUUCCACCGCCGUUCAUCAGUGAAGAUGGCAGCCACUGAGCCUGCCAGCCUGGAGAAUCUGUGUGUGCUGCACCAGAGCGGCGACUACAUCGUGGUGGACAAGCACUGGGACAUCCGCAUCGACAGCAAGAUGUGGUACGAGAAACUCACCGUACAGGCACAGCUCAGACACCGCUUCCCCCAGCUGGCCGACCCCGACACCUACUACGGAUUCAGGUUCUGUCACCAGCUGGAUUUCUCCACCAGCGGGGCGCUGUGUGUCGCCCUGAACAAGGCCGCUGCUGGCCGGGCUUACCGCUGCUUCAAGGACCGCACAGUCACCAAGGCCUACCUGGCCCUGGUGCGUGGCUGGGUGGAAGAGGAGACCCAAACGCUAGACUUCCCCAUUGGCAAGAACUCCUCAGAGGGCAAAACACACAUGAUGUGUAUCGAGGGAACAGAAGGUUGUGAGAACCCUAAGCCUUGUCAGACAGAGGUGACAGUACUGGAGUACGGGGAGUACGAUGGAGAUCGUGCCACCAAGCUGCUGCUGCAGCCGCUCACUGGCCGCACCCACCAGUUAAGGGUCCACUGCAUUGCAAUGGGUCACCCCAUUGUCGGAGACUUCACCUACAGCUUAGGAGCAGAUGACGCCCCGUACCGUAUGAUGCUGCACGCACACCUCCUCCACAUUCCCCUGGAGCCCCAGUCCCUGCUCGUUCAGGCCGGAGACCCCUUUCUUCCCACUGUGGAUGCCAAAUGGCUUCCGCAGCGGUCACUGCGGACACUGGAGGCCACGGUGGACGCUCUGCUGGAGUGCCGGGCCGAGGAGGAGAGGAAGAGCAGAGAGGAGGCAGAGGAGAGGGAGAGGAGGGAGAGGGAGGCGCGGAGGAAGGGGAGGAGGGGACAGAGGUGUGAGGAGGAGAGCGAGGAGCAGAGGAGGCAGUGUCAGGAGUGGCUGAGUGAAUGGGCUGGGGACUGAUGCUGCUCCCUAGCCCACUGUUGGUCUUUAUUUGAAUGUAUUUUAACUGUUAUGUUUGUAAGAGACGCAUGUUGAGCAUGCACACUCAUAUUUCAGCAGCCAGCUGCUUUGCAGUCGUACAGUGACACGCUUUCACACCUGGAAGCUGAGCAGCACUUUAAUAUGCAAGCUUAAAAUAUAAGGCUAGCUAAAAACAACUUCUGUUAAUACUGAGAAGAAUAUAUUGUUAUUGAUGACAUGGUUAUUUAUUUUAGGCUCAUUCAUUACAUUUUUAAGUAAUACUAUUUUUUUUUUUUAAAUCUGUAUCAAAGGAAGAGUUUUGUGGUGCUCGUGUUCUGCCUUUCUGCUUCACCUCACAUGUUAACAUACAUUUACAUACAUCAUGCAGGUGAAUUUGUGUCUAUAUACACACAGUUUAUAUCCCACAGAUUGAUGUGGCUCACAGAUUGCCUCCAAAUUGUCACAUUUUUCAGUGUAGAAUCAAAAGGUAGAGGGCAUGUUUUUUUAAAAUGUACAAAGUUGUGUGUACUAACCCUGACCCUAACCCUAAACAUCUCAGACAAAUGGAUUCAUACAAUUUUUCUGGGUUAAGAGAAACCCGCUCUUUUUUGGGGAAGUUAAAGUGUGUUUUCUCAUUUGACAUGAUCACCCUCCAACAACUUGCCAUCAAGGCAGGAGUGACUGGGAGCGUCCAGUGGCCUCAUGGCCUCCACUCUGUUGGGGACAAGAGACAGAUGCAGGCCCCACCGGUGGCAGAUGCUGUCAGAGCUGAAUCUCCUCUGGUUGCUGGGACCACGAGGUGGCAAAUGGUGAUGGAGGUGCAAUACAAACAUCCUCUGCAGUAGCCUCGACACUGCUGCAGCUUUCUGGGACAGGAUAUCCUUGGACUUGAUACAGAGAGCAGCAAAGUACCCAAGAUGAAACUGGUAUUUGCCCAGAACAUGUCUUCAGACAAAAAAUUUAAACAUCAUUCAAUACUUGUGCAAAUGGUGAUAAAUUCAGAGGUUAGGUUUUCAUUGCUGCAGACAUUACUCUCAGUGUUGCUGACUUGGGUGUCAGAGUGUUAGAGUUAUGUUUCUCGGUGACUUUCUAUGUGUUUCUGUGUACAGGGAGGCACUGGAUGAACAUUAUGGAGGACAUUAAUUUGCUCAAGUAUUUAUUUAAUGAAACUUUUUCAGGGGAUAUUACCUUGUUGUUUUUGCUUAAUCUUGGUAUUUUUAGCUGGGGUGGUGAGAAGGGUUGGCUGUAUUAUUUGCUCUUCCAGUUGUGCUGGAGUUGCUUUAAAUCCAUCCCUCUGUAGUAUGGUCUGUUUUCCUCUUGUUUCACGCUCAACAUGUACAUGAUCAUCACCCAGCCUGCUCUCUUCAGUGUGUUCUUUAUAUCUCCCUUGCAGCGAUGUGCAUUUUUCUAAGAAAAGACACAGGUCUGAGUCUUCUUUGUUUACUCAGGAUUGUUGUUUUCAUUGUCAAACCAUUUUUCAGCAUGACAGUUUGGUUUUCCUGUUUUGUGGUGGCAUAUAAUGCAAUAUGUUGCUCUAAAGCACAUUACACAUUGGGAAUAUACCCAGGUAGUUCUUUUGGUGAACAGAGACGUAGGUAAAAGAGAUUGGUGUCACUGUUGUCAUCCUCAUUUUCCUGCUCAUUUAUGACUGUGUUGUAAACACCCACAACUGCUGUGCUGAAAGGCUCUCUGGAAUAUCCUCUACUUCCACAGGUUGGAAGUGAAGAACACAAAACAAGCAAUUAUGACAAAAUUACAGCUACAAACACAAACACAACCCACUGGCUAUAUGUUACAUGCAUAUAACACUGACUUGAGGGGAGACGUGUUAGAAAUUCUGAAAUAAUAAAAGAGUCAUAAGUCAA